GGCUGGUUACUGUAGUCUAGUGACGAACCCAUCCGAUAUUUUUUCUUAUUUCACAAGAUCCAACCAUUUUUUUGGGUUCUGAAUUGUAGGCUUUUCGUUUGCCACCAAAUAAUUCGUCGAUUUUAUCUUUCACUUGAAUCUUUGAGAAGCACAGAAAUGGCGGCUUUGAACGUCUUAUCCCCGCCUCAUCCACAGACUCCCUCUUUCCCAUUUCUUAAUCUUAACAAUUCUUUCUGUAAUGGCGUUUCCAAUUGUAAAUUCCGUUUUCUUUCUUAUUCUAACCGCUUCACUCUUCAUUCUUCUCCACUGGCUAUGCACUUCUCAAAAUCUGGGACUUCUGCUGGCAGUGGGUGUUCGUGGAUGCAAGAAAGUUUGACGUGUCACAAUGCUUCUGCCGGCAAUGAGAGGCAGCGGGGCCAUCUAUAUUCGGUGUUUCCGGCAAAAGCUGCAGAAGUUUCCUCUGUGCAGGACCUUUAUGAUUUUAUAUGCUCAGGUCCUCUACUCAACAGAGUGGGUUUGACGCCGGAUUCAAUAGCCGAGUCCAUUGACAAGUGGUUAGCAUAUGGCUCGCACCUUUGUCGACUGUUUCAGCUCAACGAAUUGUACCUCAAUUUUAAUCAGAAAGUUAGGUUUUAUCACUACUAUAUACCAGUGUUUAUGUGGUGUGAAGACCAGAUUUCCCAACACAGAUCCGGGUAUAAAGAGGGAGAAGAUAUCCCUCCUCUUGUGAUCGGUUUCAGUGCUCCGCAAGGCUGUGGAAAGACUACACUCGUCUUUGCUCUGGAUUAUCUUUUUCGCGUUACUGGCAGGAAGUCUGCUACAGUGUCCAUUGAUGACUUCUAUUUGACUGCACAGGGCCAGGCUAAACUGAGGGAGCAAAAUCCUGGUAAUGCACUUUUGGAGUACCGUGGAAAUGCUGGCAGCCAUGAUCUUCCUUUCUCUGUUGAAACCUUGAUAGCUCUAAACAAAUUGACUAAAGAGGGUGUGAAGAUGAAGCUGCCCAGAUAUGAUAAGUCCGCUUAUAGUGGGAAGGGUGACAGAGCUGACUCUAAAACGUGGCCUGAGGUUGAGGGGCCGCUUGUGGCUGUCCUGUUUGAAGGUUGGAUGCUUGGCUUCAAACCACUUCCAGUGGAAGUUGUCACGGCUGUUGAUCCUCAGCUGGAGACCGUGAACAAAAAUCUUGAAGCUUAUUACGAUGCAUGGGACAAGUUCAUAAAGGCGUGGAUAGUUAUAAAGAUUAAGGAUCCUACUUGUGUAUACCAGUGGCGUUUGCAGGCAGAGAUUGCUAUGAGAGAAGCAGGCAAACCUGGGAUGUCUGAUGAAGAGGUGAAAGAUUUUGUUUCGCGGUACCUUCCUGCAUACAAUGCUUACCUUCCCACUCUUUACUCUGAAGGACCAAAUGGAUCAGAUCCAGAUCAUCUACUCGUGAUCGAAAUUGAUGAAGGGAGAAACCCCAUCCUUGCCAACUAAUAAGUGACUGAUAACUUCAACUUGAGGCUGCAGUGGAGCCAAUUUUGAUUUUCUACAGAUGAACUUUGCAGGAGAGCCUGAUAUUAAAGUAGGUAAUUUUAUAGAUCCUAGUUACUAUUCCUGAUUGAAAAAUAUACCCCGUAUUCAAGCAAUACUUUUAAGUCUCCUCUAGCAGUAGUUGAUAAUGGCAUUUUGUUCUCCGCAAUCAUAGAAAGUUCAAAGGAGGGGGUAAGAAGAGUCUAGGGUCUAUAUUGUUAUCGGAAGGAUCAAAUUUUCCUGUUGAAGUAUUCAGAGUGGGGAAAAAUCUUUGUAAAUGUACUGUACAAUAAGAGGUAUUAACGAUGGAUUUUUCCCCCCCCCCCCCUUCUUAUUCAUGUAUUCUUUGUUGUAAAAGAAAUAACACUGAUUCACAUCUUCUUAUCUCA